AUGAGGAGAGGCGUCACUAUAUUUAUUCUUGUCACCGUUGUCGUUCUCGGCUUCGCAGUGCACAGCGUCUGGACAUUGCUCGGUCUACUGGUUGCGACUGGUCGCGAUGAUGCCAUUCUGCGCGGCGAGCUUCCUGCCCCCAACUCGAGCGCAGGCAGCGACCGCGAGCAAUUGGUCCCCAAGAUUAUCCACCAGACGUACAUCAACGAGAGCAUUCCAGCGCAUUGGAAGGGUCCCCAGCAAAGCUGUAUUGACCUGCACCCGGACUACGAGUACAAGCUUUGGACCGACAAGAAGGCCCGCGAGUUCAUCGCCGACGAGUACCCGUGGUUCCUCGAGACAUUCGACGGCUACCCUUACCCCAUCCAGCGUGCCGACACAAUUCGAUACUUCGUGCUGCACCACUUUGGUGGAAUUUACAUUGACUUGGACGAUGGAUGCAACCGCAGCCUUGACCCUCUUCUCGCCUACCCAGCCUGGGUUCGCCGCACCAUCCCCACCGGUAUCUCCAACGAUGUUAUGGGCGCAGUCCCCCGCCACCCAUUCUUCCUCAAGGCUAUCGAUUCCCUGACCGACUACAACCGUCGCUGGCCACUCCCAUACAUUACAGUCAUGGCAUCGACCGGUCCUCUCUACCUCAGUCUCGUCUGGCGCCACUACAUGAACCAGAGCCCUGAAGGCGCCGACCGCCUCCGCAUCCUCUUCCCGGACGAGUACAACAACCACGCCUGGAGCUUCUUCACCCACCACUUGGGCAACAGCUGGCACAGGACCGACGUCAAGGUCAUUUUCUGGCUGGGCAACCACUGGAUCUUCGUGACUCUUGUCGGGUUCACGGUUGGUUUCACCCUGCUCGGGUUGCUGUACAAGGUCUUCUUCCUGAACAAGGGAUUCAAACAGCCUGGCUCGCCUAGACUCCGAUCUGCAUACGCACGACUACCUUUCUACCGCCGCAUAAGCCAGAAGGACGUCGAGUUGGACGACCGACACGAGGUCUAA